AAAAUCAGGUUGGGAUGGAGGAGGUUGUUUUCCCUCUUGCCUUUCCCUUCCUUUGUAAUCUCGUCCUGGAAAAAAACUGGAAACACAGCCACUGGUCUUGGGCUCCUGGUGAAUCCUGACACUCAAAAAUUGUGCAUAAGGGGAAAAAAAAUAGAUUUCUGGAACAAUGUUUAUCCAAGAAGCUUAGGAUCUAUAAUUGCAAUUUUUUCCCUUCCCCCUCUCUGUGAGGAAUAGAAGAUCAAAGGGGCUUUGAAAAAUCCUUGCAAAUGGGAGCAGGGAACAAUGUUUACGGAGAUGCAGGAGAUUUCCCAGUGAGUUUUAAAAAGCUUUGCUCUGUUUAAAACUCAUCCAGCUUGUCCAGCCCUAAUCCCUGCUCCGUGGGCUCUGUGGAGUGCUGUCUCCAGCAGGCAAACCCUGCAGCCACACAACUGCCCUCUGAGCAGGGACCAAAAAUCACUUCCCAACACUAAAGCCCUGCAUGAGGCUCUUCCCCCACACUGGGAUAUCUGGGAAUGGGAAGCAGGCCCCACGAUUCUGGAGAUGCCUGCAGCCUUGGCAUGUGAUGGUACAAAGGUCAGGCAGCAGCCCAGCCUGCUCCUCCUUACUGUGGUCAGGUCCAGGAGUUCUGACCUGGGAAUUCCUUUUUCCCAGAGCCCAGGGGCCCCGAGUGCCUGCCCUUGCUGUUGGGAAACAAAUUGAAGUUACUGAUGGUCUCUCUUCUGGGCCACCAGCUUUUCCCAGAGCCCAUGGGCAACAAAGUACAUCCCAGCUGGCCAGUGCCUGACAAAAAUCCUUAUUUCAAGCCCAAACUUGAAUUUCCCAUCUCUCCAGAGAUGGUGCACUGGCAGGAGGACAGGGAGCUGCCUGGAGAGCCCAGGGGUGCAAUGUCCCUGAGGAGAGGGACCUGGAUCCACCCGGGGCAGGGAGGGACACGUGGGAUGGGCGGCAGCGGGACCUGGCUCCACCCAGUGCCACCAGGCUGCCACGGGGCGGGCAAAGUGCGAGGCAGGUGUGACAAAAGGCAGCACGGACAGGUAGGUCUCUGCCAGCCCCGGUGGGCACGGGAGGAGCUGUGGCCACGGGAACAGGGUGCAGCCAGCACGGCUUGUGCCACCUCUCUCUGCCAUCUCUUCUCCACUCCAGGACCAUGGGGCUCUGCAGUGUGACCAUCCUGCUGGGCACGGCCCUCCUGCUGCUGGCACCCGGCGGCACCCAGGCUCUGAGCAGCUCCCGGUGGAAGGACCUGGCCACGGAGCAGGAUUUGGCUGAGGAAAGCAUCCUGGGCGUAGGUGAGGAGGGUGAACCAGGUAUAAAGGUCUUCUCCAGCAGUGCCUGGGCUCAGAGGGGCCCACCCCAAGUCCAAGCAAGACCAGAAGAGGAUGGUGACCACCUCGACCACCCCCAAGAUGAUGGCAGGGAGGCCAGUGCCCGUGUGCCAUUCUGGAUGCCAGUACCGAAGGUGCAGAAUGGCCCGGAGGAGGACCGUGACCACCUGUACCACCCCCAGGACAAUGCCAGGGAGGUCAAUGCCCGUGUGUCACUCUGGAUGCCGGUCCCGAAGGUGCAGAAUGGCCCAGAGGAGGAUCUUGACUACAUCCACCACGGCUGAGUGGAGAUGUGCCCGGGCUGUGAAAUGAAGGGUGGGAGCUGCUCUUGGGGUUUCCUGGGGAAAUUUGUCCCUUCCUACCGAGCCUUAAGCCUCACCAAUAAACCCAUCUCCUCUCCAUGUC